AUGGCUGCUUCGCAAGAUCAUUCCUCACUUAACUGUGAACUGAGAAUCAUUGAAGCAAAAAACAUUAAAUCCAUAUCAACUGCUACGCUCUUUGUUAGAUACUUUUUCUGCGCAGGAAACAAUGAGACGAUUCGGCUCAACAGUCGGGAGAUCCCAUGGACGAGUCAUCCUUAUUGGAACGAGUCCUUCUCGUUGGAGUGUUCCGCAACCAAAGAUUGCUUGGAGGAACUCAAGAAACAAAGUGUGGUGUUCGAGCUUAGGUGGAGAGAUAAAACACCAAUUCUCGGGAAAUUUCGAAGAUCUAAGCUCUUGGGUAUAGCAGAGAUACGAUGGAAAGAAGUGUUGGAAUCGUCCGAGUUGGCAAUUGACACAUGGAUUAACACGGUAGCCACGAGCAGUAAUAAUAGUCCUGUUCUUAAAGACCUCACCCCACCUUCACUGCAUGUACAGAUGAAGGUUCGAAUCCCUGCAACGAUGGAGACGGUGAAACAGAGGAGGUGUGUGUGUGGGUGUGGACAAGAAUUCUGUGAAUGUGAUGAUGAUGACCUGUUUGCACUGGCUGCGUGGGCUACGUCGUCUGGCGCGUUGGAAGGAGAAUAG